AUGCCAGUCCUCCUGGGCAAACAAGUUGGCGAAAUUGGCUAUGGUAUGAUGGGUCUAACAUGGCGCCCCACGCCCCCCUCACAACCGCAAAGCAUAGAAGCCCUGCGCACCGCCGUCUCCUGUGGCGCAAACUUCUGGAACGGAGGGGAACUCUACGGGACUCCGGAGCGAAACUCGCUGCACUUGCUGAACGAGUAUUUUACGCAGUACCCAGCGGAUGCGGACAAAGUCGUGCUUUCGAUUAAAGGGGGUAUUGUACCGGGUCAGAUGGAGCCUGAUGGGAGUGAAGAGGGGAUCAAGAGGAGCGUGGAAGAGUGCUUGAGGGUGCUGGGGGGCAAGAAAUUUUUGGAUUUGUUUGAGUGCGCACGUGUGGAUCCAGCAACGCCGAUUGAAGACACGAUUAGCUAUCUCGCCGAGUACGUCAAGGCGGGAAAGCUUGGUGGCAUCAGCUUGUCUGAGGUGAGCGCUGCGUCGAUUCGCAAGGCGGCCAAGGUGCAUCCUAUCUCUGCAGUCGAGGUAGAGUUUUCGCUUUGGUCGACUGACAUCUUGGAGAAUGGUGUUGCAGCGACUUGCGCAGAGUUGGGCAUUCCCAUUGUUGCGUACUCACCAUUGGGACGAGGCUUCCUUACGGGCAAAUACAAGAAGCACAGUGACAUUGAUGAUCCAAUGAUUCUUCAUAUGCCACGCUUCCAGCCCGAAGUGUUCGACCAGAACAUCAAGCUACUGCACGCCGUCGAGGACAUUGCCAAGGCUAAGAAUGCUACGCCGGCGCAGAUUGCACUCGGCUGGGUUCUCGCACAAAGCGGCGCAAAGGGUAUGCCAACGAUCAUUCCCAUUCCAGGUGCCACAACUUCGGCGCGAAUCGAGGAGAAUAUGAAGCCGGCGAAGCUCAACGACGAGGAUGUGAAGACGCUGAAUGGUAUUCUCAAGCGGUUUGCGCCGACUGGUGGGAGGUAUCCCAAGGAAUUCGAACCAUUGCUGUUUGCAUAG